AUGGGGCUGUCUGAUCUUGAUGGGGAAGUGGCUCUCGACGAUAUUGAGUGCUCGCUUGGGAGUUGUAUGGUGCUUACACAUCGGGCAAAGGUUGGAGUAGUGAUUGGUAUUUCAGCGGCCUCUAGGCGUUGGUGUGCCCUAGGGAUGGAAGAAAUCCCCAUCGGGUCGGGUACCCAUCGAGUUCUCGGCUCUAACGGGGGGAGAUUUGGAGGAAAAACAGGGGCAAGUACGGGGAUCCCUGAUUUUUAA